GUUACCAAAGCCCCUACCGAGAUACCCAUGCUGUGUACCCCAUGCUGGUGGCAAUUACGCUACGAUGCGUUCGAGGUCUGCAUACUAUGUACCCCUGUUCAUAGCUUACGGCUCAAGCUCUCAGCGUACGCCUACCGUUACCUGGGUGUUGCCGUCUACCUCUACAUGUCGCGACACGCUAACUACUACCCGAGGCACGAGACGACAGGUCCCGACGAGACCACGACGUCGUAUACCGAGGGACCUCACGGCCGGAUCGGAGUCUGGGUCCAGGACUUGUACCCACUCCCAUUUACACUCUCGGACGGGUUCUCGUCUAACUGCUGGACGCAGUUACUCGACAAAAUGUCGCAGAACCUGAACGGCGCCUACGGCUACCACGUCUCCGACAUCCAGGCGGCCUUCAAGCACUUCUACAAGUGUGCUCAGGCCAGAGACGUACACGUAUACGAAGCUACUUGCCCAGAAGGUUACUACAAGCCAGCACCUGACGAGCGCGAGAGCAUGGGUCCGCACUGGCAGAACCCUAUGCCAUUACACCGCAACUACUGGUUUACGCGCUCCAGCUACCUGAUCACCAAGACUGAAGAAUACAAAGACAUGACGAUUUUCCAGAUAUGCAUCUCUAGUGUUGAUAUGACGCUUAUGCCACAGUUAUCGUCUGACCCGACGCCCAACGUCGGCGACUUGAAGAAGGCUACGUCUUUACUCAUGCAUGGACCCGUACUCCAGCACUACCCAACUGAAAUGUUUACCAAGAUGGCGCUCUACGACCCGUUCCACCAGGACACCAUCUUCAAGAAUGGCGAGAAGCUCGUCUACAACCCUACCAAGAACGGGGGCGCCAGCAACUUCGCCCGCUUCAUCAUCCAGUACAGCGACUUCCAGGAGACCCCAACAGUACCUGCUACAGGCGACAUCAAUUACCCGCCACCAGUGAAGACGUAUGAAGAUUCGACGUUCUUGGCUACGCAGGGUACGAAGCGCCAGCGUACCGAUUGA